GCGGCGGGCGGGCGGGCGAUGGAGCUGUCCGGCGUGGUGCGGAGGUGGCGGUGGGGGCUGCUGGCGGGCGCCUACCUGCUCUUCCUGCUGCUGGGCGCCGCCGUGCUGAUGGCCCUGGAGGGCCCUCCGGAGGAAGCCCUGCGCCGGGACCUGCGCGCCGCCCGCGCCCGCCUGCUGCACCGGCACCGCGCCUGCCUGUCGGCGCCCCAGCUCGACCACCUGCUGGAGCGCCUCGUGGCCGCCGGCAGCUACGGCGUGUCCGGCCUGGGCAACAUCUCAGGCAACGACGAGAACUGGGAGUUCACCUCGGCGCUCUUCUUCACCGCCAGCGUCCUCACCACCACCGGUUAUGGCCAUACAGUGCCUCUCUCAGAUGGGGGCAAAAUAUUCUGUGUCUUGUACUCGCUUCUGGGAAUUCCAAUGACAUUGCUGUUUGUGGGCUGCCUCCUCCGGCACUUACUACCCAUUGUGAGCGACCGGCCCAUACAAUACUUGCACACACGCUUGAAUUUCUCGCUGGCUCACAUUUCCCUGGUAUAUGUCGUGGGGCUGGGGUUGGCCACUGUUGGACUCUUCAUCCUGAUCCCAGCUGUCUGUUUCUGGGCACUGGAACACAACUGGAGCUUUCUGGAGUCUAUCUAUUUCUGCUUCAUCUCACUCAGCACCAUCGGUCUGGGGGACUACGUACCCAAGGGAAGUUCCCAGGCCCCUCUGCAUGAGCUGUAUGAACUCAGCAUCACCUGCUAUCUCCUUGUGGGUCUUCUGGCUAUGCUCGUGGCUCUAGAGACAGCAUACAAGCUGCAGGAAGUCCGUGCUUUCAUUCACUUCUUUGGCCCUGCUCAUGACUCCCCCCAGGAGGAUGAUGACCGUGUGGAAAUUCUGGACAGGGACCAGUUUGCUUUGGCCACAGUGUCCGGGCCAGCUUCCCCAGACAGGCCUAUGGAAAAAGGGGCCACUUGAUGCAUUCCUUGGCAAAAGCAAGCAACCUCCCCAAUACUAAUUUGCAGUUCUGCUCCCUGCUGGGGACAGUCCCUGGAUUCCCCUCCAGGAGACAGAAGAGGCCACCUGACCAGGGAAAAUUGACAGGGGAGGCAAGGGGCGGGGUGGGGCGGGGCGGGCUGAGCAUAAUGUCUAAGAACUGCUGAGACUGGAACAUGCCUUAGCAAUCCCUGCUCUGAUUGGAAAAUCCAACUCUGUUACUCUGAGAUGUGUGUGGGGCUUGUUAUUCCGGUGAGAUGCUCUUUACCCACUCUUGGUACCUCCAUGGAAUACUUCACAUUUCUUUGCUAAAUCUUGUGCCUGUAGAGGGCAGUCGGCAUACUUGGUCCUCCAGCCAUUUUUGGGAUGGGGAGGGGUCGUUAUUUACAAACUAGUUUAUUUCUGCAUAUUUGCGGGGGGGGGGGGGAAUAUUACAAAUGUGCAUGAAACGUUUUUGUGAAUGGCAUGCCUUUGCUGUCCUGCAGAUAGGCAUACAGCUGUCAAUCUACUCUUAAAAUGAAUGACAUUAUAGCGUCUAGAUAACUGUAAGCCACUUUGGUUGUGGUGUAGUGGUUAAGAACAGGUGAACCAGGUUUGAUUCCACGCUCUGCCACUUGAACUGUGGAGGCUUAUCUGAUGAACCAGAUUAGUUUGU